CCGGCCUGGGGGUAAAGCUGGAACGGUGUUAUUUACUACACCAAAGUCAAGUAUAGAUUUUGAUUUUCUUCUGCAAUGAUGGAAAAGAAACCAAGUAUGGAACCUUUGACAGAAGAGAGGGUUGAACAUUUCCUUAUGAACCAUGAGGAUUUUUUGGCAAAGUUUUACCAAAAGCAUGGUUCAAAGGAAAUGCUAGAAAAAAUGACUGGGAAAAAGACUUUAAAUGCUCAAAAUAUCAAAAUUGUGAAAUCUGAUACUUUUUCUACAGAUGGUCUUUUGUCCCCUAAAGGGAAAGCAGUGGCAGAAGUUCAAGGAGCAUCACCAACAGGUAAACCUGUUGGUGGCUAUCAGUCAUCACAAAGGAACUCUGUCACCACCAGUAUGUUCAAGCAGUAUGUAGAAGGACAAAUGAAGAAAAUGAAGAAAGCGUCUUUGGUUCAAAACCUUGUUAGUUUACGAAAACUGAAUGAGCAGGAAUUAUUCAUGGAACUCAUUCGAGAUAUUGCAACAGAACUUGACGUAAAUGUGCUGUGUCAUAAAAUAUUACAGAAUGUCAGUAUACUGACAAAAAGUGAUCGUGGAAGUCUGUUUCUGGUACGAGGCAACGACCAAAAAAAAUACCUUGUGUCCAAACUGUUUGAUGUCACUAGAACGUCAACUCCAGAGGAGUCCAUUCACACAGAAGAAAAUGAAAUAAAAGUGCCAUUUGGAAGGGGAAUAGCAGGUCACGUUGCUGAGACAAAAGAAACUGUCAAUAUUAAGGAAGCUUAUGAUGACCCAAGAUUUAACCAAGAUGUUGACAAGAAGACUGGUUACAGGACACAUAGUAUACUUUGUAUGCCAAUUCUUAGCUAUGAUGAAGAAAUAGUUGGUGUUGCACAGAUCAUCAACAAAGUUGAUGGUCCACAUGAGUUUACUGUACAGGACGAAGAGUACUUCCGGAGGUACUUGAUUUUCUGUGGAAUAGGCAUUACAAAUGCCCAGCUGUUUGAAAUGUCAGUUCAGGAGUACAAACGUAACCAGCUGCUGCUCAAUUUGGCUAGAGGAGUAUUUGAAGAACAAACAAGCCUGGAGAAACUCCUACAAAAGAUUAUCUUACAGUCCCAAGACCUUCUUAAGUGUGAACGUUGUCUGGUAUAUCUACUGGAUGAUGUCUUGGACAAGGAUGCAGAUAGGCCGCAAGAAGAUUAUAAAAGGCCAACCAGUACGAAGGAAGUUGUUUUCUGCAAAGCAUUUGAUCUCUGUGCAGAGGAUGGUGGGACAAUCCACGUACCAAGUGUUGCCAGUUUAGCUAAAUCUAGAAAUGCUGAGAUUGCACGCCAUGUUGUUGUGAAGGGAAUGCCACUCAACAUUGAUGAUAUGGAUGAGACUACAACCUUUGGGAAUGGCCCGCACAUUGAUGAGGAUGGAUUCAGGAGUAAAAGCAUGCUGUGCAUGCCAAUUUACAACAGUGACAAAAAAAUCAUUGGAGUGACACAACUGAUCAACAAAUUGAAUGGUCAAGCCUUUGUUGAGAGUGAUGCCAAUAUCAUUGAGGCUUUCUCUAUAUUUACUGGCUUGGGGAUCCACAAUUGUCAGAUGUAUGAGAAUGCUUGUAAGCUGAUGGCAAAACAGAGUGUAGCUCUUGAAGUCUUGUCUUAUCAUGCAACAGCUCAGACUUCAGAAAUAGAAGAAUUGUUGGCAUGUGAUAUUCCUGCUGCAGAAAAGAUCAAUCUGUAUUCCUUUGACUUUAAUGAUAUACCCAUGCGUGAAGAUGAUACAGUGAAAGCUGUGGUGUGUAUGUUCCAAGAAGCUGACCUUUUCAACAAGUUCCGGAUACCUUAUGAUGUACUUUGUCGUUGGGCGACCAGCGUUAAGAAGAAUUACAGACCAGUGACUUACCACAACUGGAGACAUGCAUUCAAUGUUGCUCAGACAAUGUUUACCAUGCUUUAUACUGGAGGAUUAAAGCCCAUGUUUAAAGACAUAGAAAUAUUGACAUUACUGGUAGGUUGCCUGUGUCACGAUUUGGACCACAGAGGAACAAACAAUGCUUUCCAAGUCAAGGUUGUCUCCCCUUUGGCCAUGCUGUACAGUACGUCAGUGAUGGAACAUCAUCAUUUUGAUCACUGUAUUAUGAUUCUCAACAGUGAGGGAAACAACAUCUUCCAGUCUUUAUCUUCAGAAGAAUACAGAACUGUAAUCAAGAUGUUGGAGCAUGCCAUUCUCUCCACUGAUCUCGCUCUCUACUUCAAGAAAAGGGGAGACUUUAAAUCUUUAAUAGACAAUGGAGAGACAACAUUUGACACAGAACAGAAUAAGGAGUUACUGAGAGCAAUGAUGAUGACAGCCUGUGAUGUGGCUGCUAUCACAAAACCAUGGGAAAUUCAGAAAGAGGUGGCACAGCUUGUGGCCAAUGAAUUCUUUGAACAGGGAGAUAUUGAGAAAGACAAAUUGGGUGAAAAACCAAUUGCAAUGAUGGACAGAGAGAAGGUGGACGAGUUGCCUAAAAUGCAAGUUGGCUUCAUUGAUGCCAUCUGUAUUCCUGUUUACAAAAUGUUUGCGGAGAUGAAUAAGAAACUGGAUCCACUGUACAAAGGUGUAAUGAAUAAUAGAGACAACUGGCAGAAAAUGGCUGAUGAACAUGAACGUAAGAUGGCAGAAGGAAAGCAGGGAAAUCAUGAACAAAAACCUGCACCAGCCAACAACUCCAGUCCAGAACAGAAAACACAAAAUGGAGGAGUGCGCAAAAACAGCACAAAUGCCCAGCCAAAAAGGUAUGGAUCUAAUGUGAUACCAAACAAACCAGAGACAAAAACCUAUAAAAAGACCAAGAUUUGCUCUUUGAUGUGACAAAGUGCAACUCCUUCAUCUUGUGUUUUUAGAUUUUAUGGCAAGGGUCAAAGUUUGUUCAUAUGUCAUGUACACAAGAGGCUAAACACAAGAGAGAUGACUUAUGGAUGAUCGUUGACUCACCUGGAACAAUCAAUCUUCUGGCAGCUUAUGUUGGUCUGACAUCAAACUAUGCUAAAAUGUCGGGGAUUUGGCCUAGAGGACACUGAGUGCUGACUGGUGCAGGUGGAAAUUGGAAACCUGGUCAUAUUUGUCAUCACCUAUUUCUGCUGAUGUGUAUUUACUCUGUGUUGUUUUUUGUUAUAAUAAAAUAUCAUUUGUAAAUAUGUGAUAUCUUCACUAUCAGCUAAGUUAUUCUAAAAUUCGACUGUGCAACAUAACUCGAAAUUUACAAAACUUCACAACUAUAUGUUAUGGUACAGAAAAGGACAAACACAUUUGCAUGUUAUUAAUUGGAAUUUAGGUAUCAUAAUUUAACUGUAAAUACUAAAUUAGAUGCACACAUCAGUAUACAGAUUUUCUCAACAAGGUUUUCUGUUAAAUAUCAUAUCUUUUGUUUUUUCCUUAUCAGUUGAUAUUAACUAUAUCUUCAAAACAUUUUUUAAAAACAUUUAUCACAAGCCUUU